AUGGGGAGAAGAAAAUUAAAAAUCCAAAGAUUGGAAGACAUGAAAGCAAGACAAGCAAUAUAUUCAAUGCGAAAAAGAGGGAUUCUUAAGAAAGCAAAAGAGCUUUCUAUAUUGUGUGAUGUUGAAGUUGUUCUUUCACUCUCUUCCCCCUCUGGUAAACCAACUCUUUUUGUUGGUCAAGACCCCAAGAGGGCCUAUACAAUGGAGGUUGGUUAUACAAGACUGGAUAGCUCACGCAGUUUUGGUUCUUAUCCGGACAGUUCUCAGGCUUUGCACAGUCUUCAGAUUGCCUCCUCAGUGCCCAGCUCUACCCUGGCAUCAUCAGUUGUUAUUUGUGUAGGAGAGGCCACUUGCAGUGGUCCAGUGUAG